UUGUUUUUAUAAGAGUGUGCAUAGUAAGUACUUCACCUGAUAAUAGAUGAUUAUAUCGGCAGUAACGUUAGUAAUGCAUUUAGAAGGGAAUAUAUAUGAUUGAUAGAGUUAAGCUACAUUCUUUGGUACAGAGUGUUAUUGUUUACAACUUGGUCCAGGUAUAGAAAGCACAAGAAGUAAUUAGCUUUCUAUACGUUUAUGAUGAAAUAUUGCUGUUCAUUUUCAAUUGUUUUUCUGACAGUGUUCAUAUUUUAUAUACAGGUUUCUGAAGGAUGCAGUGGUCGACUUAUUCGAUUUGGUGGUAACGUGAUUCGGGACUUAUUUAGCGAUUGGAAAAUUAAUUUCACUAAACCACUGACUAGAGAUUUUGACGAGGAAGAGAAAAAGCUGAAAGAGUUUAAAAACACACUGAAAACAUUAAUUUUACCAGAAAAUGAGUAUUACCGCGAAAUUCGUACGUUACAUGGAUUAACAAUGUAUACUGAUGAGAUGGGAUGCUACGAAAAGGGUUAUUCGAAGGAAUAUCAUGGGUUGAUGGAUUACACAGAAACAAGUAGAAAAUGUUCUAACUGGAGCGUUUUUGAUACGAUGCUUCGAAGUAGAGUGGUGGAAUUAAUUGAAGAACGUGAAGAAGCAAACAAUUUUUCUAUAAUCAAACUUGAAAGAACUGCAGAAGAGUUGGAAAAAUAUCAUAAAAGUUCUAUCGGAAUAGCUGUUAUAAAUCAAACUAUAAACACGUUAAAAAAUUAUGGUGCUUUUUUUCAUAGUUAUUGUCGAGAUCCUGACGGUGUUGGUAGACCUUGGUGUUUUAUUGAAAUGAAGAAUGAUUUGGAAUGGGAAUAUUGUCCGGUCCCUGUCUGUACAAAAUGUUGGAGAAUAAGACAGCGCGCAGUUCGUGGACGAUUCCGAAGUUUGAUGGAUGUCAUAAAAUCAAAAAAAAUAUGGAUUCCGGAAUGCACCUUUACUGGAAAAUUUCAUCAUACACAAUGUUGGAAGAAAUAUUGCUGGUGCGUCACUGAAAAUGGAAUUUUACUAGAGGGAACAUUAAAGAAAAAGGGAUCAAAGAAAUUAAACUGUGAACAAGUUGUUAAAAAUGCGAAAAAUAAAAAGAAACCGAAAAAGAGAAAAAUCAAACCGUGGUAUAUAAAAGAAAAAAUUAAACCAGAGCAGUUUAUCAGGCAGCGGAAGUAUGAGUCAAUCUCAAAAAGAAAUAAAGUUGACCUUCCUAAAAAGGCACAAGACGAUGAAACGAAACGGACUGAAACAAAAAGAAUAAGACUCGAUAAACUGGGAGAUGAUCGACGCCAUGAAUGUGAAAUAAAAUAUUUUUAUUCUCGUAAAUUAAAAUGCAAGGGCAACAAUUGCUGGGUUGUUUUGCAAAAGAAAAUUUAUUCUUGGUCAUGCUUCCGAGAUAUAAAACCUGGCAACAGCAAUGAAAGAUACAUCACGUGGUUUGCUCGCCGCCCUAAUUUGUCUGGUGGUGGAAGCAAGUUUACCGGAGGAAGAUGGAAAUGUAAUUUUUUUAAAGAUAAGACUGGUAGUCUACAAAAAAAUUGCACCAUGAUUCGGUCAAUGAGUUAUGAAAUACGUCGACGUGAGGGAAAAAGAAUCAUCUGCUUUACUUUACAUGGGCAUGAAGAUAAAGAAACAUGCCACGAAUUUUGAUAGCAUAUUAAAUAUAUUUUGUUAACUGUUGAAAACAUAUGAAAAUUGUGUACACUGACAUGGAACUCUUUUUUCUUAUUGCGUCAUUGGACACAAAA